UGACACAGUCGGGUGUGCGGUGUUUACAGCAGAGGCUGAAUAUACAUGUGCGUUCACAAGCGGAGUCACAGACGAGAAGGGCUUGUAUUGCUUGGAGUUGUUUCGUCAACGCCCAAGGUUGGAGGUUUUCGUCGCUUUUAUUUUGAACGCCGUGCCCCGUGCAUUUCCUGCCUCGUUCCGACGCACCCCGGCCGACUUGACGCAUGUGGAAGAAGCCGUGGCCGCGCCGCAGAGAAGUGAAGUUGAGCAUCCUGCAGCAGAUCUUCAUGUUGAGAAGACAGAAGAAUUACAUGUUAAGCUGAGUCAACUGAGCAUCAGAGGUGUGUGGCGGCAAGGCUGGCUGAGUGCUUCAUGAUGGGAUACUUUAGGUCAGCGUGGCAGAGGACUUCCUCCACAGCACACAAUAUAUCACAACUUCAUUCUUUGAUGCCACCAUCUUCCAUCUGAUGGCAUCAUUCUGCUGUCAGGCAAUAAAGUUUAAGCAAACAAGUGAACAUUAUGAUGCCAGACAGUCAACUCAAGUGGAUAUAAUUUGAUAGAAUUCGCUCCCAUUCAACCCAUUAUCCAGUUAAUGGUUUGGCUUGAACUCUGUAGCCUGGCGCAGGCAGACUCAUCACACUCGUCUACCUGAGGCUGUCCUUUCAUUUUAUGGAGGCCUUGCAUAGUUGCUUGACGACUGGGGAGCAGUCUGGAGGUCAAGAGCAUUGUCAACCAGAGUCUCAUCGCAGAGGCACGCGGCCUAAGUCUCCCUCCCAGCCCCGUCAGCAACAGCAAACUGGCUCCCCAAAGUCCAAUGACACUCAACAGCAACCCAAGCAGUCCAAAAGACAAUAUCCUGAACGUAAACGUCUCAGGCACCAGCGGCAGAGUACUGACUCAGAUACUGUGCUGGAGCCUAAACAUGAGGUAACAAAAGCAACUCCAGUUUCUACAGGUGUCCCACCUUCUUCAGAGGAUGGCCCCACUGAGUCUAAACCAGAAACCCAGGAGGGAACCCCGAAACAGAAACGUGAGCGCAAGCCUCAGAGACCAGGCAAAUAUGUCUGCACUUACUGUGGUCGUGCAUGUGCAAAGCCAAGUGUCCUACAGAAACAUAUUCGCUCGCACACAGGUGAAAGACCCUAUCCCUGUGCCCCAUGCGGCUUCUCUUUUAAGACCAAGAGCAACCUAUACAAACACCGCAAAUCGCACACGCACAAGGUGAAGGCAGGUCUAGCUCUUGGGGAGCCGAGAUCUUUAGAGGAGCAAGUCACUGAGUCAGAAGAUGAAACUAGACAGUUGUCAUCUUCCCAGACAGAAAGACAAAACAGUGCAGCCUCAAUCAAGAGUCACGAAACUGACAGGACCAAAGAUUGCCCUGGAGGAAACGAUGACUCCUACGCAGUGAAAAAGAGACUGGCUUUGCGUCUAAGUAGAGGAAAACAUGGUCCUCGCGAUUCAACUGACGAGAAGACUUCAUCUCUAAUUUUAGGGAGUAAAGGCAGCACAGAAUCUGGCUAUUUCUCUCGCUCUGAAAGUACUGAGCAGUCACAGGACAGCCCCCCCAACACAAGUGCCAAAAGCUAUGCAGAGAUCAUCCUCGGCAAGUAUGGACGCCUCGGACACCUGCAGAGGAUGCCUCGGCACCAUAACCAGCAGCCCUCUGGUCAAGAGGAUAAAACCAUCCCAUUUACAGUCCCUAAGAAGCAGGUCAUCGACCAUAUUACCAAACUCAUCACUAUCAACGAAGCAGUGGUGGACACCAGUAAAAUUGACAGCGUCAAACCAAGGAGAUUCUCACUCUCCAGAAAGAAUAGUUCAGAGUCUCAAAAGAGUACAUCCAUUAAAGAACCGCUUAUUCAUAGCCCUAAAGCUGGUGAUCUGGGCUAUAAAAACAGUGGCUCCAUCACCAUGGGAGUCCCAUGUGAAAAAUUUCAUCAUCCAUCUCUAAAUGUGGAGCAGCCAGCUGGCCAAACAUCAGCCCCUCUGGUGAGAAGUCAUUCAAUGCCAUCUGCAGCUAGUUCAUUUGACGCCUCCAGUGGUGGACCCAGUAAAUUCCGCCCAAGUCAGUCCUUAGAUGAACGACAGCCUUCUGAAAGGCAGGCAUCCCGUCGAUAUGGGAUGCUAAGACGGCAGCCAGCUAUUGAGAUCCCACUUGGAGCCGAACUUUCAAAAGAGGAACAUGAGGGUUCUCAUUCAUUUUACCCUGACAGCAUAACCACUGUGCCUGACCACAAGCAAAGUCAACCGCAGCCAUACGAGUGUGAGGCCUGUGGCACUGGAUGCAAAGAUUGGGAAGGUUAUAAGAAACACAAGCAAAGCCUGUGCUUAGCACAUCAUCCCAGAAAUGAGGUGGCAAUUAGUCAAAUGGAGUGCUCACAGUUAAUUAACCAUGCAGUCAGAGCAGGAGCUUCAGCGAUUCGCAAGAGAAGGAAAGAGGAGAGUUUUGAACUAGAUGACCCCUCUUCACCUUCAUUACCCUCCCCUGCCGUCUUUUCAGGACAGAUGAAAGAUGAAAGCAGUGUCGUUUAUGAAAAACCCAAAAGGCCUACACUGCAGACCUGUUCAGUGAUUCAACAUACCAGUUCAUUUGAAAAACAGGAAUCUUUAUGCAAUGAGAAUCAAGGCACUGAGGCAACGAAAACCUCUCCUCCUCAUGAAGAUUUUCAACUGGUGCCUCAGAAACAACCCCAGCAAGAGCUGACGAAACUAACAAACCGGAAGCUUGUCCGCCAACACAGUGUGCAGGUCCCAGAAAUACUGGUCACAGAGGAUUCCAACAUGAGUACAAGGACCUCAAUAGAGCUGACGCCCGCAGCAAAACAUUCAGAGAAACCUGAUGAGUUCCAGUGGCCGCAGAGAAGCCCCUCUCUGGCGCAACUUCCUAUUGAAAAACUUCCUCCAAAGAAGAAGCGCUUACGUCUAGCAGAGACAGCCCAGUCCUCUGGGGAAUCCAGUUUUGACUCUCUCUCUCUCCCCCGCAGUCCUAGUCAGGACAGUAGUGCCUCUUAUGCAUCCAGUCGUUCCACAUCCUUUGAAGAGUCAAACAGGCCAGACAUGGAUAUGGCAACAUCAACACCACUGAGGAAAUCAAGAGCUCUUCACAUGUUGACAGUGCCUGGGGUGCAUCAGCACAGAGAGAUGAGGCGCUCAGCGUCUGAGCAGGCACCUCAUGAUCCGCAACCGAAUGUCCUAAUAGCCGAGACCCGCAGUAAGUCUUUUGACUACAGUUGUCUGUCCCCUGAGCGCUCUGCAAUUGGCUGGAGGGAAAGAAGGAAAUGUCUCCUCAUGAGACACACCGCUGUCAGGGAUCCAGACGAGGAGGAGGAAGAGCAGUGUACCGUACCACACCAUAGUCCAGAACAUGUCAGCCUGAGCACAUCUUCUCAAGCAAGCCCACCUUCCGUGUACAGCAGUAGGUCUCCUGCUUCUCCUUUAUCUGGUGAGACAGCCUUGCACAAUCCAGUGAGAUCACAAUGCAAAGAGAUAUUCUCUCAAUGGAAACUCAGUCAGAAUAUUCAGUUGACGGGCAGCACAGAACCCCCCCUUACUCACCACCCAUCUGUGGAUCCUGUAAAAGAAGAAGCCUCGCAUAUCCAUACAGGGCAUCAAGCACCACAGUCAUUUCCUACUCAUGGACCAUCAGGGGCAGCCAGAGCUCGAUACCUCCCCAUGUCUACCGGGCUAAAGCUAGAGAUUCCAUUACUACACAAUGAUCGUUCAGAGAUUCGAGUAAGUCGCUCCCACAUCCAGCCCUCAGCCCCUCACAUCACUUCCAGUCUGGAAUUACUGAGGCCAGUCACAUCUCCAGCGGUAGCAGUGCGUCUCCAAACAGACACCCUCACCCUAGCAUGCGCUAUAUACACCACAUUGUCUCAGUCCACCUCCCCGAGACCCCAGGAGAAAGUUGAGGCUGUUUCACACAACAUAGGCAUCCCAACAGCUGAAUACAGUGACCACAGGAACAUGAGUCCAGACCUUCACUUGUGGUCUGACGAUGGCCUCAGGUUAUCAGGUUCAGGGGGCAACAAGCGCAUGCUUUCCCCUUCAAAUAGUAUAGAGAUUCUCCCUGAGUUACAGCAACAGCAGAAACGAGUAAAAGAAGAAGAGGAGAGGGAGGAGGGGUGUGUUGACAAUGUAUCAGUGGACACAUGCAAGCAGGAACUCAAAGGGGAGAAUCAGUCAUGUCUACUCGGUGUUUGUUCUCCCAACACACCCGUUGGACCAUCAUUCCCCAGUCUGCUGUCCAGCACCUGUAAUAGCUGGUGCUAUUUGAACUACAUCAAACCAAACCCUUCUACUCUGGAUGAACAGAAGCCCUCAGUGUAUUCAUCGUGGUCCACUAGCGGCUACGACCCCAACCCGCCUGGCCUCUCCAGCAAGACAGCUCUGUCCCUGCUGCACUGUAAGCAGAGGCUCAGUCCCUCCAUCUACACCGUAUCCCCGAUGUCACUCAGGACCACAGAGUCAAUGGAGCAAGAGGACAACAAAAGGCCACGCUCCACUGAGGUUGACAACAGCCAGUUGUACGGCAGAGACCACGAGGUAACAAGGAAGGGGCAGCAGCCUGUGGAUGACAACAGGUCAAACAGAAAAGACGAGAGGGGGGAAGAGGAGAAGAAAGAGGAGGAAGGACGGCCGUGCUACAGAAAUAAACAACCUCCUGAAGUCUGGAUCUCUGAGAGAGGAUCAAAUGAGAAGCAUACUAUCAUGCAUGGCGGAGGUGGAGGGAAGUGCCAGUGUGACGACUGUGGAUUCCACCUUAAGGAUCCCAGUGCGCGGCAGAAGUGCACCCGACGCAUCACAGAAUCACCGCCAUAUAGCUGCACACGCUGUAAUGUUUCGGUUCGAGCUAAAGGCAGCCUCACUGAGCAUCUGGGAUCUAAGGCACAUGGAAAAGAAACCUGUUGUUACCCAGAUGGCACAGACAAAGGAUUCCGCGAAGAACCUUCGACGAACACAGAUAGACAAAAAGAUCAUGGCUGCUCUGAUCAGAGGAGAUGCGGGCCCGAUGAGGAUGACAAUGUAAAGGACAAAGAUGGACGUGAUAAAGACAGGUCCAAGGUGGCUGAAAGCUCUCACGCUGCCUCCUCUGAUAGUGAGAAGUCGAUGGAGCCCGAACCAAGCCGGUCUGCCCGGGUUCCCCCCAAGGAUUCUACCCCGGAUUCUAAGAGCUCGGCCAGCGCCAGGAGGGCUCUGUUCGCCCGCAGACGCCUCGACGCGUCAGCAUCUGCGUCCUCAGGGGGCUGCCAUUCUCCAACCGCUCCGUCCUCAGUCCCACAGAGGGAGCCGUCUCCACCUCGCAGCCCGUCACCCAGGCCUCGCCAGUCCCCUGCUCCCCCUUCCUCCCUCUCCCCAUCCAGUUGUCAUGUCUCCACCUCUGCUCUGAGACCAACAUCCCCUGUCAGAGGUCUUUCUCCUAUAAUAGUGCCGUCCCAUGGAUCUGAGUCCUCUGGGCCUCCAGGUUCCCUGGCAGACACCUCUGCUCAGUGUCACGCCUGUCUUCACCCAAGAGAGCGACCGUCUACAGCACGACUGUCUGUGGACGAGGUUGGUCCGACCCACAUCACUUUGCAUCCCGCGAGGCCCCGGGGAGCCCACAACCUCCUGAGUCACCUUCCUCUGCACUCCCAGCAGCCGAGCAGGGCCCCGAGCCUCCUGAUUCCCAUCGGGGGGAUUCACAUGAUUCAGCCCAGGUCCUUCCUCCCGCUGUACAGCCUGGUGAGCAGCCCCGUGGCAGCCACGGCUAACCCCGCAGGGACCUCCUGGAGACUAGGUGAAGCUCCAAAGGGGAGGGCUUCUCUGCUGCAGCGCCAGGAUACUCUCAAAGAGAUGUCGCCCAGCAGCCCAGCCAGCCCAGCCAGCCCGCCACACCCUGGGGCGUUGGGGGGAACGUCCAGGAGCAGCCGAGCAGACGCUCUAUUACACAGAAAGAGCCGAGGAUGCUUCGGCAUCCAGCGGCCGUCAAGUCCCAGGACAGAGACGAGGUGUCCGGAGGUGAACACAGACGCACAUGUCACGGAGAGGUGUGUUCGCCCCGAGGGCACCCAAGGCCAAAAAAAGGCUCCUUCCUCCCAGACAUAGCUCUGAUCGGAGGGAGAGUCUGACGGGACAGUGCAAGAGACUGAAAGUCUAAAAACCCGAGGCUGCUGUAAAAACACGGCCCCGGUUUGGAGUUUUAAAAGGCAAGAGCACUUCAGCACCGCUUCUGAAUGACGCUAUUAUGUAAUUAUAUGAAUAAUAUAUAUAGACACUAUGUUAGAUAUGCAGUAUGUUUUGUAAAUCUUUUUUUACCCUCUUGUUUGAUGUCAUCGGUGUUAAUUUAUUUACGUGCUAUUAUGCAAAUUCUGUACUAUAUGCAAAAGCAGCUGGAAUGAAAAUAGACAAAGUUUUAAUCAGUUCCCCUAUUAACCCCUUUUGACAGCUCUAAUAUAAUAUUGCUGUGUUAAUGUACUGUAUUACCAAAAUGGAUAUAGAAAGGUACUACAAAUAUUUAUUCACCCGACCAGUAUUUUGAAGUGCAAUUUUAUGUCAAGAUUGUGGUUUGAAAUGUCAUUCUUAAGAGGCUGUGAUUACUAUGAUUUGUCAGGUUUUUUUUUUUUUUUUUUUUGUUUUUUUCGUCGUUGUUGUUCCUGUUGUCGUCUUUUGUUUGUGUUCAAAGAAGCAGGGUUACGAUCACCUCCUUUUUCUAAUGUCUUUUCGGGAGAAGAAGUUUCAGAUGAAGACAUUCGGAGUGCACUGACUAAUAAUUUGAUAUCCAGAGGAAACCUGUUUUCACGUACAUGGUAGCUACGGUACCGUUUUUUUCAUAAACAGAUACAUGUAUUUUUGUGUUGUUGCUUUUAUAAAUGAUACAAUCACUCUGUCAUUUUCAUGUUCGCCAUUAAACUUCUCAUUUUUACAGAUUUAUAUUAAAA